GUAAUCAAGAAAACCUCUAUAUAUAGUAAGCGUUUUUCACCUUCGAUCACAUGAGUUUUCUGCUGAAGCUCACACCCAACACGUGUGAUUUCUAUGAUGCAACUCAAAGUCUCGUCCAUUGCAUUUUCUGGGGAUUGGGGAAACUGCUGAAGGAGGUGGGUGAUCCUCAGGUGUCAAGUCAUCCUUUACACUGUUUGAAAUAGUGCUACACUGAAUGCAUUGAAAGCAAAUUUUCAAGGUCAUUUAAUUCCAAGAAUCUGCUUUGCAGUUGCUGCUACAAUGUCGAUAUUGUCAAAAUUACGUUGUAUUACUGUGGAUGUCACUGGUACUUUGAUAGCUUACAAAGGGGAGCUCGGUGACUACUACUGCAUGGCAGCCAAAUCUGUUGGGCUGCCAUGCCCUGAUUACAAACGUGUGCAUGAGGGCUUCAAAUUUGCAUAUAAAGACAUGGCCAGAAAAAAUCCUUGCUUUGGGUAUGCCACGAAAAUGCCCAACGUAGAGUGGUGGAAGACUUGUGUGAGAGAUUCAUUUACCAGGGCUGGAUAUGACUAUGACAAGGAGACAUUUGAGAAGGUGUUCCGACGCAUUUAUUCAUCAUUUGGUUCUUCUGCUCCUUAUACUGUCUUUCCAGACUCCCAACCAUUUUUAAGUUGGGUGCACGAGCAGGGGCUUAAAGUGGGGAUUAUAAGUAAUGCGGAGUACCGGUAUCGGGAUGUAAUUCUUCCAGCCUUGAAUCUGAACCAGGGAUCUGAAUGGGAUUUUGGUGUGUUCUCUGGUCUCGAAGGGGUAGAGAAACCUGACCCAAAGAUUUACAAGAUUGCACUAGAGAGAGCUGGAAAUAUUGCACCUGAAGAAGUUCUGCAUAUUGGGGACAGCAUGCGCAAAGACUAUUUGCCAGCAAAGAGUGUGGGGAUGCAUGCAUUACUCUUGGAUAGAUUUAAGACACCUGAUGCUGAAGAAUGGAGGAAAUCUGGUGCCAUUGUGCUUCCUGACUUGAUGGCAGCAAAAGAUUGGCUUACUUCAGAGAAGUCGACCUGUUGACUGACGUUCUUCUCUCUCAUUCAUGCUCUGAUGUUUCUAUGUAAGAAUUCUUCCACAUCAUGUCGUGUAGACAUCGAUGAAAAAUAUUAAACACCUGGUAGUCCCCAAAAUUUUGGUUUCUGUGGCAUGUUUCACACCUGGGAUAUGAUGUUUUUUCUCCCCGGGGGAAAUUGACACCAAAUGUUCUUAAUUGAGUGAUACUUUAUUCGUCGAAAAGAACUUUUUAGGAUAGUUAUGUAUUGUGGACAAGCACCUUAGAUGCAGUCUUGUCAUACUUAUUGUGCUCA